AUGUGUCUUCAAAGUAUUGCAAAAAGCGUGAGUAUCAAAGUCGAAGAUUUCGGGGAAGCAGGAGACCAAAUUCGAUGGCUAACAGCAAUUCCAGAUACGUGCGAGCACUUCUAUCGAAAUGAUGAGUUACCCCGCUGCGAGAAAUCAAAGGACCCAAGUGAUUCCGUAUGCAUUUAUCAUGCAAGAUGUCCGAUGGGCAAUUGUAUGAAGGGUAGGAUACAGAUACAGAUCCAAAGUAUUGCCAAAGAACCGAGGUACAAGCGCGAGAAAUAUUGCAACGAUCAUGAGUGUUCGGUUGAAGAAUGUCACGACCUGCGAAGCAUUCUUGGCCAAGGCCAAGUUCAAUAUAGCAAAUAUUGUAAUGAACGUAAGCAGACAAAUGUAAAAAAGGGGGCUGCUCGUCAAAGGUCGUGCACCACUGCAAGUAUUGUGAAGCUCAUAAUCGAUGCGAGUGGUUUCCAGGCACUUGUAAUAGCCCAAAGAAGGCUGGGAAGGAGUACUGCGCAAUGCAUCUUCAAUGCGAGACCGACGGUUGCGACAGGCAGAAAGAUCUUGGCUCAGACCCACACUCAUCCCAUUGCUCGAGUCAUACAUGCCGUGAAAGGCAAUGCAGAAAUUCGGCAGAUAGUAAUUCGUCGGGGCAAGGCUAUUGUAACGAACACCGGUGUAAACGCGAAGGCUGUGGCCAACGUAAAACAAUCGGAUCCGGGGAGUACCAGUGUUGCCCACGACACACAUGCCGAAAUGACCACUGCCGACAAGAGAGAUGUUUUAAGGGAGAAUACUGUCUGCGCCGUAGGGAAAUCCGUUCUGCCAAACAAUUUAUUCGGCCACUGAUGUUAUGCAUUUGCUAGAUUCUUGCACAAACCAUGACUGUGGUACCGUGAGAGAUUAUGGGGAUUUCUGUGAAAAGCGUAAGUCUUGUCCUAAGAUAUUGGUAGUAAACACUAAUGAGCCUUUCGUUAUAGAUUAUAAUAGGGAUCGAGAAAUGAAGUUUGAAGGCUGCGCGGACGAUGAAAGACAAAGGCUGAUAAUUGACCUUGACACAAGAGAUAUAACUAUCCAAGGACAGAGACGUAUAAUUCAAGAAAGAGACGAAGAGAUUCAGAGAUUACGAAGACAAACGAGGCUACCUAACUGAUUGAUUUAACAAUCUAGGUAUGUGGCGUACUUCUCAGGGCGUUAUUAUCGCCGUGUUCAUCCCGAAGGGCGGAUAUAGAAUGGAAGCUGUGGUAGUAAGGUAACGUAACAAGCUCUUAUUUCUCUUCUGUGGAGAAAAUGUUGAAUACGGAACGGUGUUUAG